ACUCAUCUGAAAGUGGCAACUGGGGAUGCUAUGGAAACAUCCGAACCCUCGACACGCCCGGGGCAUCUUGUGGGAUUGGAAGACGCCGAGGCCUGAACUACUGUGGAGUCCGUGCUUCUGAGAGGCUGGCUGAGAUCGAUAUGCCGUACCUCCUGAGAUAUCAACCCAUGAUGCGCACCGUCGGCCAAAAGUACUGUGUGGAUCCUGCAGUGAUCGCUGGUGUCGUGUCCAGGGGGUAUCCUGGCGGCAACCUUCUGGUCCAGGCUGGCAAUGUGGAUGAUGGAGUCAGGGUGGUGCAGGACACUGGCCACUAUGCUCCUACUACCUGGAUCAGCGAGUCGCAGCUGUCCCAGAUGACUGAAGUCCUGACUGUUAGAAUCAAGGAAAUCCAGAGGAGGUUCCCGACCUGGAGCCCAGACCAGUGCCUGAGAGGGGGGCUCUGUGCCUACGUCGGAGGGCCCAGCUAUGUCAGAAGCAGCCAGGACCUGGGCUGUGACUUCUGCAAUGAUGUCCUUGCACGAGCCAAAUACUUCAAGAGACACGGCUUCUAACACUUCAGAUCAAACCCAAGGUCAUCUCAUGCAGGAGGCCUCAUCUGUUCCACAGAUAAAACGAGCCAAUGCACUUAUAACUGAGAAUCUGAGUUUGACCUGAAGGUUGUCAAAAUAACAUGACAUACAUUAAAGAAAGAGCG